AUGCAUUUGGAGUUGCUGCAGUUGCCAGACGAGCUCGGGCCAUAUAUUGAGAUUAAGGUAUCGGACAAUAAGUCUCAUCCUAGCGAUCGCUGCCUCCUGCCUUUCUUCGAGUACCAGUUGCAGAAGCGCCUCGCCGAGGAAGUAGAGGAAAUCGAUGUCGGUCUGGAGACUGAAUCCGAUGAUGAAUUUGAAGACUGUGUUGAUCCGUCUGUUCCCUUUUGUAUAGAGCGCUUCCGAGAGCGUGCUGAGCUCGGGAAGGGCGAGUUUGGUCGUUGCGUGUGGGUCUUCGACGUGUCCACUGGUCGUGAGUUUGCCCUGAAGUAUUUGAACAAGAGCAUCUAUCGUCGGAGAGGCCUCACUGCUAAAGCUGCUGAAGAGCUUCGCAUCGUCAGUGGUAUAAGUCACCAGAAUAUAGUUACUUUCUAUGGAGCAUACGAGACGGCUGAUACUUGGGCUUUUGUCUUCGAGUACUGUAUUCAUGGCGACUUGGCGGCUUACAUGUCUAGAAACAACCCAGUGGAUCCCACAGUGGCCCUUGGUAUGGCCUCCAGAGUGCUACAGGCGGUGAACUACCUCCAUGAGCUGUGGAUAGUAUAUCGAGACUUGAAGCCGGCUAAUGUGGUUCUUGAUUUGAAUUACAAUCCCAAGUUGUGUGAUUUCGGUCUGGCUAUCUGGCGAAGGAGUCCUGAUGUCAAAUGCAGGACGUUCUGUGGUAGCGCUGGGUACUGUGCACCGGAAGUCCGGGCUGGCCCGGAGUACGAUGACAAGUGUGACAUCUUCAGUUGGGGUGCUUUGCUCUGGGCCCUCGUCACUGGCAUGCAAGCGCAUCUCCAUCGCUCGUGGCCAUCUACACUCUCUGGGUGUGAUCCUUGGUUCGAGGGCCAUCUUGCGCGGUUCCCACCAAUUGACCGUGACGGGGUUCGCGAAGUCCUUAACAUGACGGCUCUGGCCAACCCUACCGAACGGCCGGACUCGGCCUACCUGUGCUUCGGGAUUGCCCACAUGCUUAGAUGGCAGACGUAUCCGUGUACGCUGAAGUGA